CGGAGCCGAGAGACCGUUUUAUUCCAGCCCGAGAGAAGCGUUCGCAGGAGCCCGCGGGUCCCAGCAGCAGUGCGUGUGUCUUUGCCCGCGUCCCGCAGCAUGCAGCUCUCUGGUGCGCUGGCCGCGCUGUGCGGCGUGUUUCUCUGCGCCCCCGGCCUCUUCGCUGCGUCCGGUGACAUCUGUGACUCCAGCCUGUGCCUGAACGGUGGGACGUGUUUGUUGGGCCGAGACAAUGACAUCUACUGCCUCUGCCCCGAGGGCUUCACAGGCCUUGUGUGCAACGAAACUGAGAAAGGACCCUGCUCCCCAAACCCUUGCCACCAUGAUGGCAAAUGCCAAGUGAAUAAGGACGCGCAGCGAGGAGACACCUUCACUCCGUACAUCUGCCAUUGUUCUCUGGGCUACUCGGGUAUCCACUGUGAGAUCAUGAAUGAGACCAUCUACUACAACGUGGAAGACUACCUGUCCACCACAGCCAUCCCCACCCCGGUCCCCAACCCUGGUUUUUCCCGUUGCACCUUGAAGUUGGGCAUGGAAGGGGGUGCGAUUGCUGACUCGCAGAUUUCCGCCUCGUCUGUGUAUGUGGGUUUCAUGGGCUUGCAGCGCUGGGGUCCAGAGCUGGCGCGUCUGUACCGCACGGGGAUUGUCAAUGCGUGGACAGCCAGCAACUAUGACAGCAAGCCCUGGAUCCAGGUGAACCUUCUGCGGAAGAUGCACGUGUCGGGUGUGAUGACGCAGGGUGCCAGCCGCGCAGGGAGGGCGGAAUACCUAAAGACCUUCAAGGUGGCCUAUAGCCUUGACGGACGCAAGUUCGAGUUUAUCCAGGAUGCCAGUGGAUCCGGAGACAAGGAGUUUUUGGGGAACACGGACAACAGCGGCCUGAAGGUUAACAUGUUCAGUCCCGCUGUGGAGGCACAGUAUAUAAGGCUGUACCCUGUUUCUUGCUACCGAGGCUGCACCCUCCGCUUCGAGCUCCUGGGCUGUGAGUUGCACGGAUGUUCUGAGCCCCUGGGCCUGAAGAAUAACACGAUUCCCGACAGCCAGAUAACAGCCUCCAGCAGCUACAAGACUUGGAACCUGCGUGCCUUUGGCUGGUACCCCCACUUGGGGCGGCUGGACAUGCAGGGCAAGAUCAAUGCCUGGACUGCCCAGAGCAACAGUGACAAGGAGUGGCUGCAGGUUGACCUGGGCACUCAGAGGCAAGUGACAGGAAUCAUCACCCAGGGAGCCCGUGAUUUUGGUCACAUCCAGUAUGUGGCAUCCUACAAAGUGGCCCACAGUAAUGACGGCGUGCAGUGGACCAUAUAUGAGGAACAUGGGACCAGCAAGGUCUUCCAUGGCAACUCGGACAACAACUCACACAAGAAGAACAUUUUUGAGACACCCUUCAUGGCCCGCUAUGUGCGUGUCCUUCCCGUGUCCUGGCAUAACCGUAUCACUCUGCGCCUGGAGCUGCUAGGCUGUUAGUGAUUCGUCCUUCCAGCUCAAAUGACCAGAAGGAACAGAGGCCGAGUCCUCCCGCCCCUGCAUCCCGGGGCCCUGCCUUCUUCCUGAUUGUCCUGGAGCUGGAGGCAGCAAGGGAGAUGGGGUGCCAGACAUGCCUUCACCUUUUCUCCCCUCACCCCUGCAGCCCCCACAGGCCUCCCGCUAGCCCCUUUCCUCAGGCAUUCUCGGGGAGUUGGAUGGGUCUGAGAUGCACAGGGAAGAAGAGUGAAGUCCAGAUAUGUGGACUAUAUCUCCACCAACUACCCCAAGUCCCAGCCUCCCUGCCAGGGGUUGACUCAAGACUCGAUCGAGACUAAAGGGAUCUCUGGUUCCCCGCCCUUCUCUGCACACAACACAUUCCCCAUCAUGUUCCAUUCCAGGCCUCCAGGCAGAGGAGGCCCAUGCCUGCUUGCAGCCCCUUGGGUCACCCGAUACUGUUACCUCCCGAGACCCUUCCUGACCCUUACUUUGGAGCCUCAGAUGGUGGGCCUGGAGAGACACUCGGACUGGUUGGCUAGCUGGUUGUGCGGCCCCCUGCUGGCUUGCUACACAACUUAAUAGGCUGAUUCCAAAAAAAUACAUUUGUGUUCUCCACUGGAA